AUGGUUGCAAUUCCACUGGACUCGUACGACGUGGUCGUCAUCGGCGCAGGUUGGUUCGGCCUCUCCGCCGCAAAGACGUACCUCGAGACACACCCCGAGGAGCGCCUUCUGGUCGUCGACUCGGCCUUGAGCCUCGGCGGCUCGUGGGCCAAAGACCGCCUCUACCCGGGCCUCAAGUCCAACAACCUCUACGGCUCGUACGAGCACCCAGACUUCCCCAUGCUCGAGGAGGUGUACGGCGUCAAGCCGGGCCAGCACAUUCCCGCCGCUGUGCUGCACCGCUACCUGACCGACUUUGCCCGGCACUUUGGCAUACUCGAGCGGACACUGCUCAACACCAAGGUGAAGCAUGCCACUCAGGACGGCCGGGACGAGUGGAAUCUGACCCUCCGGACGACGACGCCGGGGGACUCAGAGGACACAGAAAAGACCAUCCACACUAGGCGGCUCAUUGUCGCCACGGGCCUGACCUCGGAGCCCAACCUGCCCACCUACCUGGGGGAGGAGACCUUUACCGGCAACAAGUUCCACGCCAAGGACUUCUGCCUCCACGGCGACACCGUGUCCACGGCCAAGCGCGUGGUGAUCGUAGGAUGCGGCAAGUCCGCCUACGACUGCGCCUACGCAUAUGCUUCAGCCUCGGCACCGGCAGGCAGUGGCAGCGGUACCCACGUCGACCUGCUAGUCCGCCCCAGCGGCCAAGGGCCCGUGUGGCUCGUCCCGCCCUACGUGACGCCGUUCAAGCGGAUGAUGGAGGAACUGCUGCACACGCGGGCGCUGACGUGGUUCUCCCCGGCGCCGUGGGGCGACGAGGACGGGUACCCGGCACCGCGGGCGUGGCUGCAGAAGAGCGCCCUGGGCCGGCUGCUGACGGCCAACUGGUUCGCGACGAUGCACAACGAGGUCGUCGAGACCCACGGCUUCGACGACCCGGCCCACCCGGAGCUGUUCAAGCUCAAGCCCUGGCAGCCGUCGUUCUGGACGGGCAGCGGCGUCGGGAUCCACAACUUUGACUCGAGCCUCUGGGAUCUCGUCAGGCAGGGGCGGAUCAACGUGCACGUUGCGGAUGUGACCAAGCUGGGCGGCGGUGGCGGUGGCCAGGUGCACCUCAGCAACGGCACGGUGCUCGAGGACAUUGACGUGCUGUGCUGCGCGACGGGCUGGAAAAAGGACGCCACGCUGACCUACGACGGGCUCGAGCUGCGCGGGCUGGGCAUCCCGUCCGUGUCGGCCGCCGAGCAGGCCCGGCUCCGCACCGCCGCGGACAGGGAGAUCCUCGAGCGGUUCCCGAUCCUCGCGAACCAGCCGGUCCUGCGGCACGGACGCGAGCCGGCCACCGAGGAGGAGCCCCUGCGGUACUACCGCUUCAUCGUCCCCGCGGGCCAGGUCUCCAAGCGCAACAUCGCCUUCGCGGGCAUGGUCUCGACCGUGAGCACCGCGUGCUUCGCCAACGCCCAGGCCCUCUGGAUAUCGGCCUACUUUGACGGCCGGCUGGCCCGCGCGCCGCCCACCACCCAGGACGAGCUGCUCAGGGAGGUGUACCUGCACACGCAGUUUGGUAAGUGGCGCUACCCGUGCGGCUACGGGGGCAGCCUUCCGGACUUUGCGUUCGACGCGCUGCCGUAUGUCGACCUGCUGCUUAAUGAUCUCGGUGUGAAGAACCACCGCAAGACGUCGCAGGUCGCGGAGCUGCUGGAGGCGUACAAGCCUAGGGACUACAAGGGGCUGACUGGGGAGUGGCUGGCUCUGCAGGGGAGGAAGUAG